AUGAGUCAUCACUCUAUUCCUCGCCUCACCCAGAUGAAUUCCGUUGCGAUCGGAGACCUGGAGACGAAGCUGAGUUCCGAUUUGCGCAGCUUUCUGACAUACGAGUACUUGGAGAAGAUAAAGGCCAUAGUGCAGUCCGACGAGUAUACGGACGCGCAUUUACAAAAUGAGGACGAAGAAGCGCGACGACUGGAGAGGGAGGUACGCGUGCUGUGUUGGAUCAUGACCAGACCACAGAAUCUUGACUUCAAGGCAACGGCCGUGCGCCGCACGUGGGCGAGGCGUUGUAACAAGGUUCUAUUCAUUAGCUCGGUGACCAACGAGACGUUUCCUACUAUCGGCAUGGACGUGCCGGAAGGUCGCGAUCAUCUCACAGGGAAAGCUAUGAAAGCUUUUAAAUACAUAUACGAUCACCAUAUGGACGACGCAGAUUGGUUUAUGAAAGCUGACGACGAUACUUACGUUAUUCUUGAAAAUCUACGAUAUUUCUUGUCAGGGAAAAAUACAAACGAGCCCAUUUACUUUGGCCAGCAUUUUACAACGCUUGUGAAGCAGGGGUGGUUCAGCGGCGGGGCAGGCUACGUGCUGAGCAAAGAAUCACUGCGCAGGUUUGGCACACAAGGUAGUAACGUAUCCGUAUGCAGGCAAGAACACGGUCCGGAGGAUGUUGAUGUGGGGAAAUGUAUGGAAAGUCUGGGCGUAAAAGUGGGAAAAUCUACCGAUAAACUAGGGCGAAAUAGAUUUCACUGCUUUGCUCCCGAAACACACCUCAAGGGCGGUUACGAUGACUGGUACUACAAGUUAGAUACAAACGGGGCAAAAAAGGGUCGCGAUAGCAUCAGCAACUAUGCUAUUUCCUUCCAUUACGUGUCGCCGGAAAAAAUGGACGCCCUGGAGUUCUACAUCUACCAUUUGAGGACGUACGGUCUACAGUCGGUCUACAAUCGGGUAAACAGGAGGUGAACCAAGACUGGCGCAGCUUAAAGGAAAUGGAAACUUGUAUUAAAACUAUAUCAACUGUUUUAUUUUUCGUAAGAUAAUACUCUUUUACAAAUAAUAGUGUACAUAAGUAUCGGCAUAAUAUAAUUUUCAUAUGCUCUG